AUGACUUCAACGACCAUUGUUCAUCAGGGCCCGUCACCCGAAGACGACUAUGGCCUUGACGCAGUCGCUCAACACAAUGCUGAAACAUCCGCGGAGCAUUUUCCAGCAUACCAUGAAGAUGCCGAAGGCCUGGGCAUUUACGUGGGUGGUCCUUGUCCAUCUCAUGGAGCCCCGACGCUGACCAUAUCGAACAGGGCGAUUAUGCACCAGUGUACCAGGAAGAGCAGUCCUAUGUACACAAUCCGCCGACACCACGGUCCAAUACCGCGAGCGAAGGUGUCCGUACCAGAAGCGGACGCUCCACGCGCCGGACCGAUUCUCCGCUGGGCACCAACAAGUCCAGAGUCUCCAAAUCCCCGGCGCCCCGAUCCAAGAGGGAAAAGAAAAGCAAGCUGGACAGAUCCAAGACGCCGAAGCUCACUGCGCCGCUGUCUGUCUUGACCAAGGACAUGUCGAUUCCUCUGAGAGAUAUCGAGGCGUAUGUCAACCGGCCAGUCGAGGAGAGAAUCAAAGAGAUGGAGGACAAGAAAUACGUCACUCGCCCCAUGAACUCUUUCAUGCUGUAUCGCUCGGCCUACAAGGACAGAACCAAGCAGUGGUGCUCGCAGAACAACCAUCAGAUCAUCUCUUCGGUGACUGGAGAGAGCUGGCCGAUGGAGCCGGAUGAGGUUCGCAACCGAUUUGACGAUUGGGCCAAGACCGAGCGCCAGCAUCAUCAAGAAGCCCACCCGACCUACAAGUUCUCGCCCAGCAAGUCGAGCAACAAGAGGCGGAAGGGACAGUUCUCUGAUGACGAAGGAGAGCCGAGCGACCUGGACGGCGAUCCAGAUGGAGAGUACCGGGCCGGCAGAAACGUGCGACAGCGAAGACAAGAUCCCCGGGAGGCUGCGUACCUCAACGGUACCGUCGGCUUCGAGUCGCAUCCAUAUUACGGCCACCAACUCAGCGGAUAUGAGCAGUCUCAGUAUCAUUACGCCAAUCCCGGUCGGCCUCUCCCUUCGAAUGUUGCCUACGACCCCAACGGGCUGCCGUACAAUCCACAGACCAAUCAGUACCUCGCGAGUGGCAUGCAUCACCAGCAGUAUCAAUACAUGCAGCCCGAGAUGCACGGCGGACGUGCUUCGACUCCCGCCACCGUCAAUGGCCAGCAGUCGCUUGGUGGAUUCGGUUUGCCUGGUGGCCAGGCCUCGGGCGAAGACAUCUUCUCCAGCUCUCGCACCAGCACCCCCAUGCAGCACUACCAGCAGCAGUAUGGUCAGCCCAUCUAUUCUCAAUACCAGGCGCAGUACCCACAGCAAGCGUACCAAUCCAUUCCAUCGGCUCCGACGCCAACACCGGGCUCUCAGAUGUUCGAGCACCAACAGUAUCUGCAGCAAGCGUCACAGCCGCAGGCCGCGAUCGACCCUUCGUUGGAAGCUGCCAUGGAGGCUGCCGCUGCUGCAUCGGGCGGACAAGGUGGUGCGCUGGCUGGUAGCCAUUUCGACGAUGCUCUCGGUGACAUGGCGGCAGCCACUGACCUCGGCGCCCUUUCAGAGUACUACGAUCAUUCCUCGCGGAGUCCUGUCGACGUCAACGCAACACUCGCUCCCACUUGGUCGCCCAGUGACUUGAAUCAGUAG